AUGCGUUUCUCGUCCGUCGCUAUCGCCGUCGCGGCCGCCGUCUCUGUCUCCGCGCAGGGCGUCACCCAGAUCUCGGAUGGGCAGCUUCAGGUCCCAACCUCGAUCCCAGCCGUCGCUACCUCAGUGCCCGUCGUCGCUACGUCCUACCCGGCCGUGACCCCGUCCACUGCUGCCCCCGUCACCGUCGUCCCCGUCGUUUCCAGCGCCGUCCCCGUCGUGCCAGUGCCCUCCUACCCGGCUGGCAACUCGACCGCCGUCAUCGUGUCCCCGAGCGUGGGCACUGGUAGCACCCUGGUCUCGACUAUCAAGGCCACUUCCAAGGCCACUUCUGGUACCCCAACCACUGAGGCUGCCACUGGCACCCCAGUCUCCGCUACCGGCACCGCCGCCACUCCCACCGGCACUGGCGCGGCUGUCAACAGCUUCGGCAGCGCGCUUGGCUCUCUUAGCUUCGCCGCUCUCGCCAUGGCUGGCUUCGUCCUGGCUUAG